AUGCCAUCAAUGGCGAGUGGCAGAUUUGUUUUUCGUCGUUUAUCAUCUACAACUACAAUAUCGAAUAUUUCAAAUGAAAUAUUAUUUGAAAUUCCAUCAUUAGAUGAUGAUCAAACAAUUGUUAUAACAUCACCAACAAUUAAUUUAAUUUAUAAAGUAUUUUUCCCAUGUUUAAUAUUUAUUGGUACAUGUGGUUCAAUAAUGAGUUUAAAAUGUCUUUAUGCACAACGAUUUCGUAAUAAUAAUUCAACAUAUAUGUUCUUCUUUCUUAUUGCUCUUGUUGAUUUAGCAAUAUUAUAUACAGGUGCACUUCGAUUAUUAGUAUUAGCAUUAACAGAAUUUGAUGUACGUUCUACAUCAUUAUUUAUAUGUCGUGCUCAUCGAUUUACAACAUAUUUCUUGUUACAACUAUCAUCAAGUCUUUUAGCUUUAAUGACAUUAGAUCGAGCCCGUAAAACUUUAUCAAUGUUACCACCAUUAAAAAAAGCUAUUACUACAUUACGAUCAACACAAUUAUUAACAAAUAGUGAUAAUCAUACAUUACGUAAUACAUUUUUAAAACAAAGUAAAAUUCUAUGGAUAACAUGCUUCGUUGUAUUACUUCUUCUUAUACUUGAUUCACAUUUUUUUUAUUGUACUGGUUAUCAACAUGGAAAAAUUAAACAUCGAAUAAUAUGUCAAUCAGUUGCACAUAAUUUACAUUGUCGACGUUAUUGGUUACUUUAUUUAUGGUUUGAUGCAUUUUUAUAUUCAUAUUUACCUAUGUUGAUUAUAAUGAUAUGUAAUGUACGUUUAGUUAUUUAUUUAAAACAACAACGUAAAAGACGUUUAGCAUUAAUAUCAUCAACAAUACAUUUAUCAAAUAAUCAUCGUAUAACAUUUUCAGUUAUAUUAAUGUCUAUAUUAUUUCUUAUAUUUUCUGUUCCAGUUGCAUUUCUGGAACAAUUUGAAUAUAAAUUAAAUCAUUAUAAAUAUUUUCAUCAUUGCCUUGCUAUUGCUUAUUUAGCUAUGUAUUUAAAUCAUACAAUAUCAUUUUUUUUAUUUCUUUUCGGUACACAUUUUCGUCAAUCUGUUAAAGAACUUAUAUGGGCACAAGCAACAGGACUACCAAGAUCAAAUACAACUUUAUUUGCUCUUGUUCCAAAAUGA